AUACUUCCGAAAGGGAUAAGCCCAUCUCCAUCACAUAUUUUCACAAACAAAGAUUUGUUUAAUUUAAUAAAAACGCAAUAAAGUAAGAACCACACAAAACUAAUCUAGGCGAAAAUGGGAGCUGUUUUGGGCCUUUGUUCGGCCGCCCAGUGCGCCAUGUGCUGCGGAGGCACGGCAGCCAGCAUGUGCUGCUCCGCCUGUCCCAGUUGCACCAAUGCCUCCUCCUCGCGCUUCAUGUACGCCUUCAUCCUGCUGGUCGGCACUGUCCUGGGUGCGAUUGCGUUGUCGCCCGGUUUGCAGGACACCCUGAAGAAGCUGCCCUUCUGCAUCAACUCCACUUCCACGUACAGCUCCAAGGCCAUUGACACAUUCUCGGGAGGAUCUCUGCAAGUCGACUGCGAAUACGCUCUGGGUUACAUGGCCGUCUAUCGAAUAUGCUUUGGCAUGGCCUGCUUUUUCGCUCUCAUGUCGUUGAUUAUGUUGGGGGUGAAGAGCUCUAGGGAUCCGAGAUCCCACAUCCAGAACAACUUUUGGCCACUGAAAUUCCUGAUCUGCUUUGGUGCUGCCAUUGGUGCCAUCUUCAUUCCGGAUGGUUCUUUUGGCCCGGCCAUGAUGUGGGUGGGUCUAAUAGGCGGUUUGGCUUUCAUACUCGUUCAACUGGUCAUCAUUGUGGAUUUCGCUCACUCGCUGGCGGAGAAUUGGAUAGAGAGCGCUGAAAACAGUCGUGGUUAUUAUUACGCCCUGGCGGGUGUCACACUCUUGGGUUAUAUCUUAUCGCUGACUGGGAUUACUCUGCUUUAUAUCUACUUUACCACUAGUACCGGCUGCGGCAUCAACAAGUUCUUUAUCUCUAUAAAUCUCAUCCUAUGUUUGGUGAUCAGCGUUAUUUCGAUUUUGCCAGCUGUGCAGGAGCGUUUGCCACAUUCCGGUUUAUUGCAGAGCUCCUUGGUCACCUUAUAUACGGUUUAUCUGACCUGGUCCGCAGUGGCCAACAAUCCGGAAAAGGAAUGCAAUCCUGGAAUGUUUGGCUUGAUGGACGGUUUUGGAAAUGCCACCACCACAAUUGCACCGCCUACUCCGUCCCACAACUCCAAGGUUACCUUCGACACCACCAACAUCAUCGGACUGGUCGUUUGGUUGCUGUGCAUCCUGUACAAUUGCAUCAGCUCGGCUGUGGAGGUUUCCAAGAUCAGUCACGAUAAUAGCGAGAAGCGUGUUUUAACAGAAGCUCUAUCAGACACAGAGGCUGGCACGGAUGCCAAUGGAAAGCCGAGCACGGACACCGAGACCGAGGGCGUCACCUACUCCUGGUCCAUGUUCCAUGUGGUCUUCGUCUGCGCCUCGCUCUACGUCAUGAUGACUCUGACCAAUUGGUACAAACCCAACUCGGACAUAGAGCUCUUCAAUGGCAACGAGGCUUCCAUGUGGGUCAAGAUCGUCUCCAGCUGGCUGGGUGUCUUCAUCUACGGCUGGAGCCUUGCCGCCCCAAUUAUCCUCACCAAUCGCGACUUUAGUUAAGCGGUUUUUAGUGUAUUACUUGUCUAGGAAUGGUGCUUAACCAAGCAAAAAGAGAAUGCCAAAAUGGAACGAAGAGAAUUUAGUUUCUGAAACUGAAGAAGAUUAAUCACACAUAAUUUUGACUCUUGGUGUCUACUCAUUGAUCUUAUUCUCCAAUUGCAACAGUUAUCAAUAUGUAUUAAAAAAUUAAUCUAUGAGUAUAAUCUAUAUACAAAUAUAAUGAAACCUAACCAAA